UUUAUUUUGAUGACUUGAAAAAUGCUUGUAAACCUGGUGGACGCUGGUAGACGUUGUUGAGUGCAACAACAUGGCCGCCGCUGCACAAUUACCCAACGAUAUUCAAGAAGAAGAUGCCUCAGAAUUACAAUUUCCGAAGGAGUUUGAAAAUGCUGAGACACUGCUGAUCUCGGAGGUGAAGAUGUUAUUAGAACACAGGAAACAGCAGAAUGAAAGUGCGGAGGAGGAACAGGAAUUGUCAGAAGUUUUUAUGAAGACGCUCAACUAUACUCAGCGGUUUAGUCGUUUCAAAAAUAGGGAAACCAUUGCAGCUGUGAGAAAUGCACUGAUGCAGAAAACCCUCCACAAGUUUGAAUUGGCAGCUCUUGCCAACCUCUGCCCAGAAACUGCAGAAGAGGCGAAGGCUCUUGUUCCAAGUCUUGAAGGACGGUUUGAGGAUGAGGAGCUUCAGAGUUUACAGGAUGACAUCCAGAACAAGAGGAGUUUCCAGUAUUGAGGGCAAGGAACACCUGUGUCGGGUUGGAGACUUGAAACCUGCGAACACUAUUGUGAGAACUACUUUAGUCAAUCAUUGAAUAUGCUGGUUCUGGACAUUCAUUGAAUGAACUGUGCCUGGAUGAUAGGAAAGGAUCAAUUGUUUAGUGAUAUCCAAGGACUGAAAUACUUUUUGUUGGUUUCUUUCUACAAUGACUGUCUGUACAAGUGGGACGCUGCAUUUAUCAUCUGAAGUGUAAUACAUUUUAUGUCGUAUAUAAAUUGCUUCUUUCUA